CUUCAAUCUCAAGUGUCUCAGAACAUUUGGAAACUACAUUCAGUAUAGCCACUAGGCAAAACAGUCAAAAUAAUAGAAAUAAGGUAAGGAUUGACUUCGUCAGUUCAUAGUGAACAUCAUCUAUUCAUGUACCGUUUGUGUCUAUUAUCAAACGGUACAGCAAAAACGCAACCAAGCAGCCAUUUCAGCCAACAAGGACGGGAUUGUGACCAUUCUCGCAACAAACCAGCUUACAAUCACAGCAGACAAAUGAUAACAGUUCGAACGAAUACCUGACGUUUGGUGGAUAGAACAAACACCAGUUUUGUCCAAGGAGAGGUUGUAUGAUCCUGAUGGCCGAAGGUAGAAGGGUUGUGUCCCUGCAUGUUCUCGGAUCUAAAGGAUCGGGCAAAUCUCUCUUCAUACGACAGCUGGCUGAUACACGACACUGCAAGAAGCUCAAACUUGGUAAGAGGUGUUAUGUUGUGGAACUGGAUCUAGAGAAUAUCAUUGGAGUUCCAGUUCUUGUAAACAUCACGGAGUACAGAGGUGUGAAGUCCAAUGGAGCUCUUGCCUUUGCGUACCAUAAGGCAGAUGCGUGUUUACUGUUCUAUGACAGAGAGGAAGCUUCUAGCUUUGAUAGAGCACAAAUGGGUUAUAUCUGGUGUCAUUAUUUCAUGAUAGGGAAUCCAAAUACUUUUGUUGUGGGAAACAAAUGUGAUAGGUUAGACAGGAACGACGUUCGACAGGAGGCUGUAGAUGCAUUCAUCAACAAGUUCGGACCAGUUAAGGGCCACUUUUCUGUAUCAGCUAAAACUGGCUACAAUAUCAAACCGAUGUUGGUUGAUGUUCUUCAACAAGUUUUGGAAGAACGUUUUGUAAUCAACAGUAGCCCAGCACAGCUAGAAGUGGCCCUUCGGAAUAGUGAUCCCCACUCGGGAGUACAAAUCUAUCCAGUUGAAGAAACAGCUGGUUUGUGUGUUAUUGUUAACAACGACACUUUUGAAAACUUGCCGUAUCGAGACGGGGCUGUUAAGGACGUAGAGAACAUCGAAUCUACAUUUGGACCACUUGGAUUUGAUAUGAGGUACAUUGAGAACAAAGAUGUUUCAUCACUCAUCAGGAGAAUGCACGAUAUAUCUAAAAUGGAUCAUACAAUGAACAGUAUGUUUGUCUGUUUCAUCAUGUCUCAUGGAUCACGCAACAGUAUUCUGGGAGUAGACGGCCUGACAAUCGACCUUGACAGACUAACAUCGUUGUUUUCUGCCCAGCACUGCCCUAGUCUAGCGGGGAAGCCCAAGCUGUUCAUAAUUCAGGCAUGUCAGGGUUCCAUGGUCCAAUCACCAGCAAACGCUCAUUCAGACUCUGCAGCAAUUCCUGAAGUCACUCGAGAGAGCCCAACUGUGCCGGAGUUUGGAGACCUUUUAAUAGCACAUUCUACUAUUACAGGAUUUGUUGCGUAUCGUUACCCGGACAGAGGUUCUCCGUUUAUAUCGACGCUGUGCAACAAAAUUCAGAACUUUCCUGAGAAUCACAUGGUGGAUAUUCUGACCAUGGUUAACGGGGAGGUUGCUGCUAUGAAUUUUGGUGGGUCAUUUAAACAAAUGCCAAUGUUCCAGUCACGGCUUCGAAAGCGCCUGUACCUGAAGAGGUUGUCAUGAGAUGUGACAAUGAUGAAAUUGGAAAUAUAUUGUCAAGGCAACAGACACCCAUGAAUGUCUGUAAUCUGCGAACGAUGAAACUUGGUGUGUAGUUAGAUACGUGUGUUGUCAAGGGAACAUGAAACAAUGACCGACUGUAAUCUAUGGGUAGUGCCCCGUACUUCAGACACCGCGAAGAAACAUGUGCAGUGACAAAAAGUACAGGCAGUUAUGAGAUAAAUGUCCAGUUACACGUUUAGUUACCGGCACAGGACUUUACAAGACUUAACACAUUUCAUGGCAAUGUGUCUCUGUAGUUUCCCUAUAGCUUGAAUGUAAUUUAAUGCAUCGAUAUUCUAUGAUUAUGUUAAGGUUGAACGAGUCAACCGAAUACAUUUACAGAGAUGUAUAUUUGUAUCAUGACUGCCUCUAUUAUUAUAAAAUCCUGAAAUAAUAAGGGACAUUUGUGUCUCGCCAUUUCCAUUCACGACUGAUGAAAAAGAUGUAACUAUAUCUAUGAUGAAAACGUUUAGUGACAAAUGUUGCAUGAAUUAAGAAUGUGUUUUUCCCGUUAUGUUUCUCGUGUGGGAUAGCUGUGUACAAAUUUGCAAAAUCAAAUGUUUUGGUUAUUAUCUGAGAUAGCAAAA